AUGGUGGAUUGCAAACCAAUAGAUACGCCCAUCCAAGUUAAUCACAAGUUGAAGAUAGUAGAAGGUGCCACCCUAACAGAUAAGGAAUGGUACCAGCGACUGGUUGGAAAACUAAUUUACUUAUCACAUACUCGGCCUAACAUAGCUUAUGAUGUGGGAAUAGUAAGUCAGUUUAUGCAUAAGCCACAAGAAGAUCAUAUGGAAGCUGCCAUGAGGAUAGUUUGGUAUUUGAAGGGAGCUCUAGGAAGUGGAAUCAUUUUCAAAAGGAAUGGCCAUUUGAAGGUUGAGACAUACACUAACGCAAAUUGGGCGGACAACCCAAAUGAUAGAAGAUCAACAGCUGGUUACUUUACACUUGUUGGAGGCAACCUAGUAACUUGGAAAAGCAAGAAGCAGAAAGUUGUAGCUCUUUCAAGCGCAGAGGCAGAAUUUUGA